AGGUGUGAUAUCCCCCAUACCCGUUCGGCGUUCUAUAUCUGCUGCCACUCUGACGGCCUCCUCUGGAAAGGGCAAGGAGAAAAUGAUUGUCGAUCAUGCAUCUGCGGAGCAGACCCGAAAGAAACGCAAGGGGAAUGAUGGCAAGAUAUUGAUCCCGGUCGAUCACGUAGUUGAUUUGACCGGAUCGGAGGCUGAGCCCAAAAGAUAUAUGCCUGCCAAACAAAAAACUCCAGCUCUUUCUGAUGCGUCGGUCGAUGAUCGGAUGUUUGUUGAGUUCUCAAACAUGGGACCUAGAGCAGAAGGGAGAUACCUGUUCGGGUUGAUGCCAUCAUUCAUGUGGUGCAGCACUGCGAUUAAGGUUCCCCCCAGUUUCAUGAACUUGACUCACUGGUCAGAUCUUUUUGAAGCAGGUCAUCAAGAAGCACUCAAGGCCGAUGUAUACUAUCAUAAGGCCU